CGAAAUAUCGUGCUCUUUGGGGAUACGGGGGCAGGAAAAAGCUCACUCAUCAACCUCAUAGCGGGAAAGGAGGUGGCGCGUACAUCUCCUGACAUGCAACGCUGUACAAUGCACUGGCAAGAGUAUAACAUCGGCUUCGGCGAUACAUCUUACAAAGUCUUUGAUACCGUUGGACUCGAGGCACUGCAACUGGGAAUCAAAGAAUACCUCGAGUUUGUCGAGAAUGCCUAUCGGCUCAUCAAACAAUUGGAUAAACAAGGCGGCGUUGAUCUGCUUUUAUUCUGCGUUCGAGCCGGCAGAGUUACCGCUACGCUACAGAGCAAUUACAGGCUCUUUCACGAAUUCCUCUGCGAGAAGAAGAUUCCCAUUGUCCUUGCGAUCACGAAUCUUGAAAGAGAGAAGAGGAUGGAGGAUUGGUGGGAGAGGAACAAGGGCACCUUCGACAACUAUCAGAUAAAGGUCGCUGGUCAUGCGUGCAUCACCGCCGCUAAUAGAUUGGACGGCAGACACAAAGACCUCUAUGAAGAAUCGCGCAUCACGAUCCGUAACCUGGUUGAAAAAUUUACUGCAAACGAGCAGAAGCAAGCUUGGUUAGGAGGGGAUAAUCUGUUCGUGUCGUUGACACGUAAGCUGAAGGAGUUACUUCAGGGGAAUUCGCGUCUGAGAAGGAAGGAUCUUGUCACUCAUCUCACUAAGCGUUGCGGAAUUUCUCGAGAAGUCGCAAAACGGUUGGCUGAUAUGAUCAGGCACGACGCAGAAGCUACUUGA